UCUGCUUGGUUCCUGCUCUCGCCGUGCCGGAGGCGGGAUCAUGGUACCGAAGAGUGGGGCGUCUCUGUCCCCGGGCGCGCUCUGCCUGGCCGCUGCGCUCAGUGGGCUACUCAGCUUCGGCCUCUUGGCUGCGGCCAUCGGCACCGACUACUGGUACUUGAUCCACGUGGACGUGGCUAGGCGCAAUGGCAGCGCUUGGGAUGGCGAGGAACUGAGUUCCCACUCCGGGCUCUGGCGACUCUGCGAAGGACAAAAUGCCUGCAUGCCCCUGAUUGACCCCUUUGGUGCAGAGAGUUGGCUGGUCCCAGCAACACUCCAACAUCUUAUCUACAUGCAUCGGGCGUUCAUGGUCUUGCUGCCACUCAGCCUCAUCUUGAUUAUUUUUGGCUGGAUCUGUGGGAUCAUUGGCUCCUUGGCCCAGAUUUCCUGGCUUCUGCUCUUCACAGGCUGCUAUUUUCUGUUGGGUGCACUGCUGACACUGUCAGGGACAAGCACCUAUAUCUGCUACUCCAAAGCAGCAUUCACUGAGACUGUUCGUAUGUUUGACCAGCAGCGUUUUGACCAUGUCCAUAUUACCUUUGGCUGGUCCCUGGCACUUGCCUGGCUCUCUUUUGCCACAGAGGGGUUGGCUGGCAUCCUGCUUCUUCUGGCUGCUCAGGGACUCCGUCUGAAGCCGGAUGCAUGUUCAGCAGGCAUUUAAUCCUGGGAGAAGGUGGGAAAAGGAAUGAUGCAGUGCCAGGGCUGUGAAAUAAUUCUGCCCUGCAAUAUUGCUUUCCUUAACCUUUCUUAUAGGAAAUGUUGAUGCUCACUCCCUGCUCUGGUAUAAAUACAACACACUCAGUGGAGUUACAGGGCCAGGACUGUACCUACGAAGUAGAAGAGUCCCUUGUGAAUGUGAG